ACGAUCGGCCGUUUCCAAAGCGAGGCGAUGGAGAUCGCGGGCCACAUGGCGCUCGUGGGCUUGGCCAUGCUACUCAGCAACGUCGUCAUCAUUGGCAGCCUCGGCAUAUCGGCCACCAAGCAGUCGUCCCGCAUACGCUACUACUUCAUGCGCGCCAUGCUCCAUCAGGAGGUCGGCUGGUACGACACCCACAUCGGCGGAGAUGUUGCGAGCCGUAUCACCGCAGAUUUCGAGAAGAUCCACGACGGGCUGGGUGAGAAGAUCGGCAUGUGCCUGUUCUUCCUGUCAACCGCAUCGGCGUCGUUAAUCUCGGCUUUUUGGCACGGCUGGCAGCUGACACUAAUGCUGCUCGCGCUCGUGCCUUGCCUCGUGCUCAUCACGACCAUCAUUGCCAAGACCCAGUGUAAGCUGGAAGCCGAGGAAUCUACCGAGUACCGCUACGCGGGAGCCGUGGCUUUGGAAGCGAUCACCUUCAUCAAGACCGUGAUUGCCUAUGGCGGACAGCACAAGGAGAUGACACGCUACUCGGAUGGUUUGGAUCGUGCAACGCAAACGGGUUUCCGCAAGGGCCUGGUUGCCAGCCUCGGAGUGUCCGUCAUCUGGACCUCGAUCUUCGCGAACUAUGCAGUCGGCUUCUGGUACGGCAUCGAUCUGAUAGUGGGAGACUUUGAGCUCCCGCCCGGACAGAGGAAGUACGACACGAGCACGCUUAUAAUCGUGUUCUUCAGCGUUCUUAUGUUCUCCAUGAGUCUGGGACAAGCGACGCCGUACUUUCAUGCUUUCGCCAAUGCGAAACGUGCAGCCGGAAAAGUCUAUCAGGUUAUCGAUAGGAAACCGGCCAUCGACAGCAGGUCUACCGAAGGGAUUAAGCCAAUGGAGUUCGAAGGUGCCAUCCAAUUCAACGAGGUCACUUUCUCCUACCCUUCUCUACCCCCCACCAGCACACCGGCACUGCACAACUUCUCGAUGUCCAUCGAUCCAGGAGAGACGGUCGCUGUCAUUGGGAGGCAGAAGUGCGGCAAGAGCACCAUUAUCAGCCUUAUGCAGCGAUUCUACGACGUCACUGAUGGACAGAUCCUGGUGGAUCAGAAGGAUAUACGCUCCUACAACAUAGGCUGGUUGCGAGGGCAGAUGGGCGUGGUGGGUGAGCGGCCCGUCCUUUUUGACGCGACGGUGUCCGACAACAUCCGCCUUGGUCUUGGCACUGCCACGCAGCACGACAUCGAACAAGCCGCCAUCGCCGCCAACGCGCACCACUUCGUGCUCAAGCUGCCCAAGAAGUACGACACGAUGGUCGGCCCUCACGGUCAUCCCUUGAACUCGAGUGAGACUCAGCGGCUUGGCAUCGCACGUGCCAUGGUGCGAAACCCACGCAUCUUCCUGCUCGACGACCAGCCGAGCACGCUAGACUCCGAGGCAGACAUGGCAGUGCAGGUGGCCCUGGACAAAGUGCGUCGAGGGCGCACGGCGCUCAUAAUGGCCCAGCGGUUAUCAACGAUUCGCUGUGCCGACCGCGUGAUCGUAAUGAGAGCGGGACGCGUGGUGGACAUGGGCAGUCACACCGAGCUCAUCAAGAAGGGUUCGGCACCAUACAUCGACCUCAUCACCACGCAGAUGACCCCGCAGAAGGACGACGGGGCCCUGACUCCACCCCGGAGUCGAACGAUGAUGCGCCGCGUCCGCGCGCUGCCGUUCGCGCAGCUCCGGCAGCCGCUCCUGCGCAAGAACUUGCAGCAGGGUGAUCAGUCGGGCCGUGAGAAUCUGAUGAGGGCGGCUGCAGCAAGUGACGGCAAGAAGACGGAUGGCGGCGAAGCUGCGUUGACCGGAGCCCGAUCACCCGAGCCGGCCAAGGAGUGCGAUUCGCUGAGCGUCCAUCUGCGCGAGCUGACGCGACCCGAGCGAAGGUACAUGGUCGCUGGAUGCAUUUGCUCGCUCGUCAUGGGCCUGAGCAUACCCGUGUACGCCAUCUUCCUCGGAGACAUGUUCCAGGGUUUGAGCAGCGGCAGCCCAGAGUCUAUCAAGUCCACAACCCUGUUCUACUGCUUCCUCUUCCUCCUCGUCGGUGUCGUCACUGGAUUUUUAGCUUUUGUCCAAACGUUCACCUUUUCUGUGGUCGGCGAGAACCUGACUCGGAGGCUGCGCAGCAUGACCUUCUCGGCUAUGAUGAAGCAGGAUCUGGCAUGGUACGAAGAACUGGAGAACACGCCCGACGCUCUCCUCGGUUCCUUGUCAACGGACACGGCUCGCGUUCACGGAGGCACGUGCAGCAAGCUGACGUCGAUGUGCCAGGCAUUCUCGGCGCUUAUUGCGUGCCUGGUGAUGUCCUUCUACUGGGACUGGCACCUCGGCUUCAUCGUACUUGCCUUCGUGCCCCUGGUGCUGCUUUCGACGUACCUGGAGAGCCGAAUGCUGCGCGGGAAGCUCAUCUCCUCCAAGCAGGCCCUAGAGUACUCCACAAAGGUUGCUGCGGAAGCCAUCAAAAACAUCCGCACGGUGGCCUCACUGCACCAGGAGGAAGUAUUCUGCGCUAACUACAUGCUGUCGCUGGCAGAGCCGCAGAGGAUCAUGAAGCGCAAGGCCAUCGUGCGCGGAUUCACCUUCGGCGUGGCGCAGUGCAUCCCUUCAAUGGCGUACGCGACAUCGCUGCUUUACGGUAGCCUCCUCGUUGGACAAUGCGACCUCCAGUUCGGAAACCUGCUCAAGGUGGUGGAAGGCGUGAUCCUGGGCACGGCCAUAGUGGGUCAGGCGGUCGCUUACUCGCCCGACUACCACAAGGCCAAGCUCGCCGCCCAGAAGUUAUUCCGUCUCAUCAAUCGCGUGCCGACUGUCGACUUCUGCGACAGGAGCGGAAUCACCAUGGAUAUGGUGCGCGGCUUCCUGACCUUCAACGAGGUGAGCUUCUCAUACGUGGGCGAGCAAGAUGCUAAGGCCCUGGACCGCGUCACCUUCUCUGUGGAGCCGGGUCAGCGGGUCGCCAUCGUUGGCACGGUCGGCUCGGGACGCACCACGGCCAUCUACCUCGUCGAGCGCUUCUACGACAUUGCCGACGGCGAGAUCCUGAUCGACCACAUCUCGACCAAGAUGAUGCGGCUGUCGUGGAUGCGUGAGCAGCUGGGCUAUGUGAGCUCGGAGACACUGCUGCGCAGCUACAAUCUCUUCGAGAACAUCGCGUACGGCGACAACAGCCGCGAAGUGUCUCGCGAGGAGGUGAUGUCGGCUGCGCGGCGGGCGAACGCGCACGGCUUCAUCAACCAGCUGCCUCAUGGCUACAAUACUGUCCUGCCACCUCCGGGAGCACCACCGCUGCUUACCGAGAGCCAGGCCAAGCGCGUGGCCCUUGCCAGGGCCCUGGUGCGAGACCCACGCAUUCUGUUGAUCGACGAUGCCUUCAAAGGCAUGGACGUCGAAAACCAGCGCGUGGUUCAGAACGCCAUCGUGGAAGCAAGCAAGGGUCGCACGUGCGUGAUCGUGACGUCCAAGUUGUCCGUCAUCAAGGACGUCGAUCGCAUAUUCGUUAUGCAGCGCGGCAAAGUGGUCGAGAAGGGUUCGCACGCCGAGCUGAUGCGCCGAGAGGGCGUCUACCACAAGCUCUUCACCGAAGAAGGAGCUGAGCAGUCAACUGCUUGACUGUUCGACGGCGCCCAUAUCCAGCGGCGAAUACUUUGGUCGCCCACACUGACAUUAUUGACCGAAUAUUGCGUUCAAUGCAUUUCCGUGCUAUUUUGAUGGUUUAUUUGCUUGAAUGACUAACUAGUGUCUAUAUCGUGGGCCGUCGUGCACUACGCUUCACGAGACUUCCUGUACGGCCCAGUGUUUUUAGCAGAGAGCAGACAGGCAAGCGCAGUUUGAAGACGCUGCGUAUCGCUACACAGGACCACCUUGUUUUAAGCAUGCUUAGUGAUGACCUGCAAGGGCACAAUUGGGUCCAAUGCUCGUCACUCGUAGGGUUUUCUCACGAAUGGCGUAUGCUUCGGAAUUCCAAGGAUCUUGUCGCGCAGCCUUGUUAGGGUAAUUAAGCAUACUGCCAUAUUAUUCUGGUAUGUGUUGCGUCCUUGCCGUAGGAGAACAAGGCAACAUUAUAAUUGUAAUCUACUCGGGUAUUUCGCGCAAUAACGUCUUAUGUUUCUUUGUUUUUUAUGAC